CACCAUUUUAUGCAAGUUGGAAAUGAUAUUUCCUCCAGCAUUUUUCGACAUUAUGGUGCAUUUGGUUUUGCACCUUCCGAAAGAGGCAAUUCUUGGCGGUCUCGUGCACUUUAGGUGGAUGUAUCCCAUUGAACGUUCAAUGGGAGUUUAUAAACAGUAUGUAAGAAAUCGUGCACGUCCAGAAGGUUCAAUCGCAGAAGCUUACGUGGUGAACGAGGCUUUAACCUUUUGCUCAAUGUACCUGCGGGGGGUUGAGACUCGAUUCAAUCGACCUGAGAGGAAUGACGAUCGCGUUGAAUCCCAACCAAAUCGGGAAUAUUCUAUUUAUAAGGCUGUUGGUCGUCCAUUUGGUAAGAAAUCAAGUAUGCUCCUCAAUCCGCAGUUAAAGCAAAAGGCUGAGUGGUAUAUCUUGAACAAUUGUGCCGAAAUUAAGGAGUACCUUAGUGAGCAUAUGGAUGAAUUAAGAAGACGGGGGGGCUCGAAUCUUGAAGUUCAACAAGAAACUGAUUUUCCUCAGUGGUUCAAAGAAAGAGUAUGUAUAUUAGUCAAUUCUUUUCUGAAACCCCACUUAGUCAAUCCAAAACUAACUUUCAAUGUUAAUGUUGAUAGGUGAACGGUUUGCAUGAGUCAACACCUACUGAAGUGAAUAAUGAAUUGUAUGCUCUCGCAAACAAAUCAAGCGGCACCGUGUAUUCAUAUCCAGGGAUGAUAGUGAAUGGUGUGAAAUUUGUGACUCGUGGUCGUGAUAUGAAGCUUAAAACACAAAAUUGCGGUGUAAUGGUGCCAA